AUGGCAACACCAACUCAUGGGUUUUCCACGAUGGCUACAUCUUUAAGGCUUCUGGUUCGGAAGGCACCGGAAACCCAAUUUGCGAAGAUGACACUUCCAUCGGUGCGAAUGCUUUCGACUAGAUCGAUUCCUGUACUACCUUCCAGCGCACGAAUGGACCCAAUGUCUCCAGGCCUUCGAAAUGCAUUUAUCUCGGCUUCAAAACGUAUCUCUACUGCGAAUUCAACGAUCCUAUCUUCAUCUAUUCUUGCCAUGGCUCAUUGCCGUCAAAUAUCCACGUCUUCGUCUCCACGACCAGAGCAGUCCAUGCCAUUUACCAAACCCUUUGAAUUCCAGCGAAGAUCUCUCUUCGGUGGUAGCCCAUCACACAAUUUACUCUCUCACUUGGAAGAAACUGCAAACAAGAAUCCUACUAGUGCCACGGCUCAGAACGCUCUCUACCAAGCGCUAUUGAAGGCAAAUAUGCCAGCCAUCAUUGCCGACAGGUAUCAAACUGGUCAUUUCGCAUCAAAUUCUGCUUGUGAAGGUGCAUAUCAUAGGGCUCUAGGUAUGUUGGGACAAAUGGACAGCGGCAUGGCAAAUCCUUCCGGACAAGCGGGAAAUAUCGGCAACGCGCAACUACAGGCUAUUGGUCAAGCAGUCGCUGCUACUUCUCGAGGAGGUAAUAUUGCUAUAUCUCGCGGCCAAGCAUCUGGUUCUGGCGACAAAAACUCUCCUAUGCACGUUGUUGUUGAUGAAACGAUGGGAAACACUAUUUUCAAAUGGGUCAAAUUCGCUCUCUACUUUGCACUUUUCACGUACAUCAGUCUGGUCGUUGUUGCUAUGAUGAUUGAAGGCUUCAAUUCGAUCGUUGCCAGAAGACCAGGAGGGGCGAAAACCGAUAACGAGGCCAAGGCUGAACACCAAAACGUCAGGUUUACGGAUGUACAUGGUUGUGACGAAGCAAAGGAUGAACUCCAAGAACUCGUAGAUUUCUUGAAGAAUCCGGAGAAGUUCUCCACGCUCGGUGGAAAACUUCCGAAGGGUGUUCUGCUCGUUGGCCCUCCUGGAACUGGUAAAACUUUAUUGGCCCGUGCGGUUGCUGGCGAGGCCGGCGUUCCAUUUUUCUUCAUGUCUGGUAGUGAGUUCGACGAGAUAUAUGUUGGCGUUGGUGCAAAGCGAGUUCGAGAACUUUUCACUGCUGCGAAAGGCAAAUCACCAGCCAUCAUAUUCAUUGAUGAACUGGAUGCUAUAGGAGGCAAACGAAAUGCUCGGGAUGCCGCGUACUCCAAGCAAACACUCAAUCAGCUGCUUACUGAACUAGAUGGAUUUGCACAAAACAAUGGCGUUAUCAUUUUGGCUGCUACUAAUUUCCCCGAACUGCUAGAUAAGGCUCUUACACGACCUGGAAGAUUUGAUCGAAAUGUCGUCGUUGGGCUACCAGAUGUGCGUGGUCGAUUGGCGAUCUUGAAGCAUCACAUGCAAAAGAUCAUUGCUUCUCCUGAUGUCAACAUUGAAACACUUGCUUCUGGUACCCCAGGCUUUUCUGGCGCGGAACUUGAGAACGUCAUCAACCAAGCUGCUGUGCAUGCCAGUAGAGCGAAAGCAAAAGCGGUAUCUAUGUUGGAUUUCGAAUGGGCAAAGGACAAAAUAAUGAUGGGUGCAGAAAAAAGGAGCAUGGUCAUUUCUCAGAAGGAAAAGGAGAUGACAGCCUAUCAUGAAGCAGGGCAUGCCCUCGUUCUCAUGUUUACCCCCGGAACAGAUCCCUUGCACAAGGUUACGAUUAUGCCCCGAGGCAGUGCUCUUGGUAUAACUUUCCAUUUACCAGCAAUGGAUAAGUACUCAAUGACUUUGGAUGAGUAUGAGAGCAGGCUUGACGUCUGCAUGGGAGGUAAAGUGGCAGAAGAAAUCAAAUAUGGCCCUACAAAGGUCACUAGUGGAGUUUCUAGCGAUCUCCAAACCGCCACAAGCCUCGCAUAUAAUAUGGUCACUAGAUUUGGAAUGUCACCCGAGCUCGGUAAUGUAGACUUGAUGACAAACUACGAGCAUCUCUCCGCAGGAACCAAGCUGCUUGUCGAGUCUGAAGUUAGACGCGUCAUUGAGGAGGCUCGUCUUCGUGCUGUCAAGCUCAUCGAAUCCAAGCGUAAAGAACUGGAUCUCUUGGCAAAGGCUUUAGUGGACUACGAGACGUUAGAUAGAGAAGAAGCCUUCAAAGUUGUUAAGGGAGAGAAAUUGGUGGGCAGGGCAAUUUCUCCUUCGGGAAGCAUAAAAGUACCUGAAAGUAUGGGUACUUCACUUGCACCAAUUCCCGGAAGCCAAAGUCCCGAGGAUAAGGGACCGAAGGGACCACCAGGUGGUGGUGCUCUUGCACAUUAA